AUGGCGCGCCUGGUGCUGUUUCACAGAGCGUGCAAUGACUGCUCGCGACCGAGAUACCACAAAAGCAGGAGUAGUUAUACUUCACGAGAUCUGCUGGCUUCCCACAAACGCCCUGAAAGUACGGAUGGAUGCUUGGAACAUGUUAGAAGCGCUCCAUACACCUCCUCCUCCGCCGCUGCUGAAGAUUACGACAGAAGAGAAUGCAGCAGCUCCGUCUGUGAUAGGUUCAGUCAGUAUUCCUCCCGCACGGAUCUCGACGACGUUCCCGUACAAUCUGGAUCUAAACUGAAUAAGUUCCCAAGAAUGGAUGGCCGUUCAACUCCCAUCUCGCUCCUCAGCCACCAAUUUUAUUCCAUCCACCGAUCCAUCGUCACGUCUGUAGACAAGGACGACGCAAACAUUAAAACAUAUCCAUACGAAGUGCUGAAAGUGACGAGCCUCAACCGACCUGCACAUCUCGAUGAUGAAAAUCUUGAGCAAUAUCUAGAGGAGGAGACAUUUGAAUGGUUGCUGGGAAUGGACCGAGCAGAGUUCUACCACUUGCCUGCUUGGAAGCGCAACGAUAUGAAGAAGAGGAUCGAACUUUUCAAAUGAAAUUUGCUUAAAUUUAUUUUGUAACCGGCCAGCACCCACAAAACAUUCGAUGAACUAAAAUAUCACGAUGAAUGUUCAAACCAGUGUAUUCGUAUUCAUCUUUACUUUCGUCAUCAUAUCUAACAGUCACCUUUUCAGUAUGAAAUGACUUGCAAUCUCAUUUUUCUAAUAUUAGGUGCGUAACUUUUUCGCAUGCAUUUCUUUUCUACUUACGGUAAGCGACUUGUGAAUUAAUUUGCCGCUAACUUGCUGAUUGAAUGUAGCUGACAGCUUGGAAUGAGUUGGUCAUUAAUUUUAUUUGCAUAAUUAAAAAUUGCUAGGUUUUUGUUUUUACAAUUAUUAUUGCAUGAAAAUAAUUUAGAACUACAAAUUAUUUACAAUUGCCAUUUAAAACAUCAUUUAUUUUAUUAAAAUUAUUUGUUUCAAGUCAACCUUUCGGUAACAGGAUAUAAAUAAAAUGAAUGAAUAAAUAGAUAAGUUUUCAUUGCAUAUUU